CGUCACGGCCAAUGGGCAGGCAGCGCGGGACUUUCAAGUCUUGUCUCGCCCAAUCGGAGACAGUCGGUGCCUAUAAAAAGUGGGGCGGCGGGCGGAGGGGGCGUUAGUGUGGCUGCGGCGGCGCGGUUGAGGUGGUGAUUUGGUUGGUAUGGCUCGCACGAAGCAGACGGCCCGCAAGUCGACGGGUGGCAAGGCCCCGCGCAAGCAGCUGGCCACCAAGGCGGCCCGCAAGAGCGCGCCGGCCACGGGCGGCGUGAAGAAGCCGCACCGCUACCGGCCGGGCACCGUGGCCCUGCGGGAGAUCCGGCGCUACCAGAAGUCCACCGAACUGCUGAUCCGCAAGCUGCCGUUCCAGCGGCUGGUGCGCGAGAUCGCGCAGGACUUCAAGACCGACCUGCGCUUCCAGAGCUCGGCGGUCAUGGCGCUGCAGGAGGCGAGCGAGGCCUACCUGGUGGGGCUGUUCGAGGACACGAACCUGUGCGCCAUCCACGCCAAGCGCGUCACCAUCAUGCCCAAGGACAUCCAGCUGGCGCGCCGCAUCCGCGGGGAGCGGGCUUGAGUGAGCGCUCGGCUCGGUUCGAGGUUCCAUCCCAUCCAAAGGCUCUUUUCAGAGCCACCCACGACAGCACUUAAAAGAAGCUGUGCCACUUAAGUCGUCUGUCCGCUUCUUGCCGGCGGACGCUUCCCUAUCGCGGGAGGGUGGGACAGACGAGUGUUCAUGACCUGUGACGUAAAGGCCACGAGCCGGAUCCAGGUUCCCUGUUGGCUAGCUUCCCUCUCUCGGCGGCCAGGUUCCUCCGUUUCGCUUCUGCGAAAUGGCGGUGCACGCUCGCUUUACUGAUGGGUGUGGGGUGGUCUUUUAGCCGCUCCACCGUGACCCAGGUUGUAAGCUGUCUGGGAAGAGAAAAUGGGAUUUCAUGGUCGAGAGAGGCCCGAGACAACGGAGUUUCUGUGCGACGCUAGAGACUUGACAUCCAGUGGGCACCCCGGCUGGCUUUUUUUUUUUUUUUUUUUUUUUUUAAAGAUUAUUUAUUGACAGAUCACAAGUAGGCAGAGAGACGGGGAAGCUGGCUCCCCGCCGAGCAGAGAGCCCAAUGUGGGGCUUGAUCCCAGGAUCCUGAGAUCAUGACCUGAGCCGAAGGCAGAGUCUUUAACCCACUGAGCCACCCAACCCCUGGCUGGCUUUUUUAAGCCACGGGGAGUCGCGCGGCGUCGCUGUGCGCGGACGACCUCCACAUCCCAGUCGGAAGUGGCCCCGAAAGGCGCGGCGCUCUGGCUGGGGAGGGAAAUCGCCACCUUCGUAUGGCCCUACCUCCGCCGCGUCGAGAUCUGGAUUCCUGAGCUUUACUAGCGGGUUGGGUGUCAGUAAUGCCCAGGCUUCUCAGAUCAACCGGAUUUUGCUGGUCCAAAGUCCCUUGUGGGUCUGAGCGACUUUGCCAGAGGUCUUAAGUCCUUGACGUUCUCAUUUUCCCCAAUCCUGUCCCCACCCAGUCCCCCUUUUUAAUGCCAGUGGACUUCAAGGCAGGUAGUAUGGGCAGCUCCAAGCAGAAAUGGACCAGAGGACAAAGAGGGGCCGGCUUCUGCAGCCCGGCAUUCAGUUCUGACAGUCCUGUGGGUUUCAAUAAAAAGAGCGGCAGCCGCCGGAAGGUUCAAAGACCGCCUUAACCAAGGCCCCUCCCCGCGAUCUUUGCUGAUUGGUACCGUUACCUGCUCACGUCCGCAGCAGGAGACUCCUGUUCCUCCAGAACAACCCCAGAUGCAGACAGAAAACUUUGUGCAUGUAGUAGAGGAGUUGUCCAGCGCGGGGCGCUCGUAGUUCAAGCUCUUGGGCAGCUGGAACCAAUGGGAGGCGCACAACCCGCUCUGCUCCUCCCUUUCCGUGAUUAUAUUUGGCGGCCCUAGAAUCUGUGAGGGCAGAGACCAGUUUAUCUCCGACGGGCGAUUCGUACACCAGAUGAAAGUGGAAGAUACCUUUUGGUAUCUUAGAAACGAGUCGGUUGGGGCCUUGGAAAGCCGGCACUGCGCAAGACUCAGCAGCAAGUGUGUGGGUGACCCCUCUUUGAACAGCACUUAUUUGCACCUGGAAAAGGCCAAGAGUUUGUGUUUUUGUUCACAGGUAAAACCAUUAGAGACUGGUGGAAAUUCACUGAGAACAGAAACUGAGGAAGAAAGACUUGAAAAUUUUUUUGCCUUUUUGCAAGGAGUGUGGGGUGGGGGGGAAAGAGAGAGCAGUAUGGAUUUUAGCUCCGG